AUGUGUUUAACAACUUCUGCUCUGUUGAAUCUUAAGUUGAAAUCUUUUGGGUUUGUAACUGCUAGCUGGUGGUCAUGGCGGUCAUGGCGGGAGACGGUGCAAGCUGGCGAUCAUGGCGGGAAACGGGGCAAGCUGGCGGUCAUGGCGGGAAACGGGGCAAGCUGGCGGUCAUGGCGGGAAACGGGGCAAGCUGGCGGUCAUGGCGGGAAACGGGGCAAGCUGGCGGUCAUGGCGGGAGACGGUGCAAGCUGGCGGUCAUGGCGGGAGACGGUGCAAGCUGGCGGUCAUGGCGGGAAACGGGGCAAGCUGGCGGGAAACGGGGCAAGCUGGCGGUGCUGGCGGGAAACGGGGCAAGCUGGCGGUGCUGGCGGGAAACGGGGCAAGCUGGUGGUCAUGGCGGGAAACGGGGCAAGCUGGCGGUCAUGGCGGGAAACGGGGCAAGCUGGCGGUCAUGGCGGGAAACGGGGCAAGCUGGCGGUCAUGGCGGGAAACGGGGCAAGCUGGCGGUCAUGGCGGGAAACGGGGCAAGCUGGCGGUCAUGGCGGGAAACGGGGCAAGCUGGCGGUCAUGGCGGGAAACGGGGCAAGCUGGCGGCCAUGGCGGGAAACGGGGCAAGCUGGCGGCCAUGGCGGGAAACGGGGCAAGCUGGCGGCCAUGGCGGGAAACGGGGCAAGCUGGCGGUCAUGGCGGGAGACGGUGCAAGCUGGCGAUCAUGGCGGGAAACGGGGCAAGCUGGCGGUCAUGGCGGGAAACGGGGCAAUUGCUGGCGGUCAUGGCGGGAAACGGGGCAAGCUGGUGGCUGUGACAAGAGAAUGGCUGGGCAAGCUGGCGGCCGUAAAGGAGUUGGUGGGGCUAGCUGGCGGCGCUAAAAGGUGUUGA